AUGUUCAGGCGGUCAUGGAUUACUGGUGCAAGUCAAAUCAUUGCGCAAUACUACCAACUUAUUCGGCUUGGCUUUGAGGGAUACAAGAGAAUCAUUGAAAAUUGCAGGGCAAAUGCCAAAUAUUUACGUGAUAGCCUUAUAAGAACAGGGCGAUUCAAGAUGCUGUCAAAAGAGGAGGGUGUACCUCUAGUUGCCUUCUCUCUCAAGGAGAAGCUCAAGUACAAUGAACACGAUAUUUCAGAACACCUGAGAAGGUUUAAUUGGGUGGUACCUGCGUAUAAUAUGGCUCCAGAGGCACAGCACAUAAGCCUUCUGCGUGUGGUGAUACGAGAGGAUUUCAGCAGAAGCUUGGCUGACAGGCUCGUAAAAGACAUUCGCACAGUUUUGAAUGAUUUGGACUCGCUGCCAUUGAAGCCCGAGAAGGAGAAGAAGGCUAAUGUUGGUGCUGCUGCAAAUGGAAAUGGCCAUAGGGUUUUAACCAGGAGGAAGGUCAACGAUCUAAAUUCCCAACGCAAAACCAAAGCAAUUUGCUAAAUACUGAUUAUAGAUUAAUAGUUACAAUAAUGAGCAUGUGGUGAGAGAUUAGUGCUGGAAGUUACUCUGAUUUGAUUCAUUGAGGUAUUGCAUUUAACAGGGAUUUACAAACUGAUAUUUAUGUUUUGUUACAAAAUUUCAGUUAUCAUUCAAUAAUUAAGUGUUACUGCUUAUAGA